UGUGAUGGCCAGCAUCAAUAUCAAUACUGUUAAUAUAGAAUAACAGGGUUUCUGUCUAUGUUGUAAAUAACUAACUGCUAAUGGAACUAUCCUAUCAAUUUAGAAUUUUAAUGAUUCUUGCUAUACUCAACUUCAAGAAAACAGUUGGCGUAAAUCAGGCUAAUUGUUCUACCAUUCCAAUCCCAAAAGUUGUUGCUAACAAAUUGUAUGUAAAAUCCCUAUUUGUCAAUACACUUCCCCUAAAAGAUGUUUAAAAGCAUUAAGGUAAUAGAUUUUCAUUACUCUAGUAAGUUAACUUAAGAAUAUUUCGAUGUCGAACCAAUUAAAUAAUCUAUAUUUAACAAUUUAUUAUAAUACGUCGAUAUGUCUCGUCCUGCUCGAAAGACCUUAUAAACAAAAUAGGCUUUUUAACACUUUUUACUAGCAUUAGCUUAACGUUUGGAUUAUACUUCUUUAACUAAAUAUGGAUUUAAAGAAUAAUAACAUAUGGAACUCAAGAAACACGUUUAAUCAUUAAAUAAUGAGUUGCAUAUGGAUGUCAGAGUUGAUAAAAAAAAUUAUUUACAUUUUAAAUGGCCCAGUGAUUUUGUAGCUUUGUUAAAAAAAUCAAAAAGGAGUUGUUUAAAUGUGAUUACUAAAUAAGCAAUAUAUGAUGAAGAAGCACAUCAUUUAUUCAAUGAAAACUAUUUUUAAUUUUCAAAGUAAAAUUACGAAAAAAUGUUUUGUGAUUCCUAAUCUCAAAUGAUCAAAUAUUAUGUUAAUUUUUAACUUGUAGCUGUCAGUUUUGUUGAAUUUAGAUCAAACUCAUUUCAUAGAUUAAGUUUUCAUUAUACAUAACAUAUCAAAGAGAUAAAUAGAAUAGCAAUAGAUUAUGAAAUUAAAUGGGCAUAAUAAUUAAAUUUAACUAAUUAUUAUUAUGUCAAAAAAAGUAGGAGUACAUAAAAUUAAGAUUAAGUUAUCAAUGAAACUAUUGAUGAUAAUUUUCCAAUUUUCAGAGGAUCUAAAAUGAUUCAGAUCAAAUAACUAAGAUCUGUUUAUUAGAAGUAUCUUAUUGAACUACUUACUAAAAUGAACUCAAUUAUGGGUCCAUAAUUAUUUAAACUUUUUAUAUUUAAAUAUGAAUGA